GUCCUCUCGCCGAGUCCGUUCCAUGCCGCUCCCAAGCGCCGGAGGGGGGCGGGGGCGGAUGGGAAACGGGGCUGAGUUGAGAGAGGCGGCCUGCUUUGGGGACCGGGGGUAGCUUUGACCACCGGGAUGACUUUGCUGCACCACCUUCGCAGCGGCGACCGUCGCGACUGAAAGACAGGGCUUCAUCUUCCUCCUCCUCCUCAGCCGUUGCCAGGCGAAGUGAGAGGGCGGGUCCGAAGGGGAGGGACCAGCCGAUGGACCAGCCGGGCCUGGAGCUGAGCCCAGAGGAGCUGCUCUUCGGAAAGGCCUCGCAAAAUGUGGGCGUAGCGUGGAGGCGAAGCAGCCCCUAGUCUUGCCGGGCCCAGGGCCCCUCAUCGCCCGUCGGAAGGCGCUGAGGGGGGAGCGCCUGGACAGGCGGAUGCCGCCGCAGCUGCCCAGAGUCUGAGGCGGCGGCUCUUUCCUCCUCCUCCUCCUUUCCUCCUCCUCGGCUUUCCUCUCCGCCUCGCUCGGCCUCUCCCUCCUGCCUUGACCGACCAGCCGCUCGGCUCUCUCUCCUCACCCGCCGCCACCAUGUCGGCCAAGGUGCGGCUGAAGAAGCUGGAGCAGCUGCUGUUGGAUGGGCCCCGGCGCAACGAAAGCGUCCUGAGCGUUGAGGCGCUGCUGGAUCUCCUGGUCGGUCUCUACACCGAGUGCAGCCGCGACUCACCGCUUCGCAGGGACAGGCUCGUCUCCGACUUCCUCGAUUGGGCCAAACCAUUUACACAGUUGGUGAAGGAAAUGCAGCUUCAUCGAGAUGACUUUGAAAUCAUAAAAGUCAUUGGCAGAGGUGCAUUUGGUGAGGUUGCAGUUGUAAAAAUGAAGUGCACAGAGCGCAUUUAUGCAAUGAAAAUCCUAAAUAAAUGGGAAAUGCUCAAAAGGGCAGAGACUGCUUGUUUUCGAGAAGAGAGAGAUGUUUUGGUGAACGGAGACUGCCAAUGGAUUACAACAUUGCACUAUGCUUUUCAAGAUGAAAACUAUUUGUAUUUAGUAAUGGACUACUAUGUGGGUGGUGAUUUGUUGACAUUGCUUAGCAAGUUUGAAGACAAGCUUCCUGAAGAUAUGGCCAGGUUCUACAUUGGUGAAAUGGUUCUUGCUAUUCAUUCUAUUCAUCAGCUGCAUUAUGUGCACAGAGAUAUAAAACCGGACAAUGUUUUAUUGGAUGUGAAUGGCCAUAUACGUUUGGCAGAUUUUGGAUCCUGUUUAAAGAUGAGCGAGGAUGGCACUGUACAAUCUUCAGUUGCAGUGGGCACCCCUGAUUAUAUUUCCCCUGAAAUACUGCAAGCAAUGGAGGAUGGCAUGGGAAAAUAUGGACCUGAAUGUGAUUGGUGGUCCCUAGGUGUCUGCAUGUAUGAAAUGUUAUAUGGAGAAACACCUUUUUAUGCAGAGUCACUGGUGGAAACCUAUGGGAAGAUUAUGAAUCAUGAAGAGAGGUUCCAGUUUCCAUCCCAUGUUACUGAUGUAUCUGAAGAAGCAAAAGACUUAAUCCAGCGACUUAUCUGCAGUAGGGAACGUCGUCUGGGGCAGAAUGGAAUAGAAGAUUUCAAAUCGCAUGCAUUUUUUGAAGGACUCAGUUGGGAUAAUAUCCGAAAUUUAGAAGCACCUUACAUUCCAGAAGUUAGCAGUCCUUCAGACACAUCAAAUUUUGAUGUAGAUGAUGAUAUAUUGAGAAACCCUGAAAUGAUACCACCUGGUUCUCAUACCGGGUUUUCUGGAUUGCAUUUACCUUUUGUUGGCUUUACAUACACAACAGAAAGCUGUUUCUCUGAUAGAGGCUCACUAAAAAGUGUAAUGCAGUCCAGUAGCAUAACCAAAGAUGAGGAUGUGCAACGUGACCUGGAGAAUAGCUUGCAAAUAGAGGCAUAUGAGAGGAGAAUACGAAGACUGGAACAGGAAAAGCUGGAACUGAGUAGAAAGUUGCAAGAAUCCUCCCAGGCUCUUCAGUCGCUUCAUGGUUCUGCUCGCCUAACAGUGAACACGAAUAGGGAUAAAGAAAUAAAAAAGCUAAAUGAGGAAAUUGAGCGCUUGAAAAAUAAAAUAGCAGAUUCAAAUAGGUUAGAACGGCAGCUUGAAGAUGCAGUGACAUUGCGACAGGAACAUGAAGAUUCUACCCACAAGUUAAAAGGCCUUGAAAAGCAAUGCAGGAUACUAAGGCAGGAGAAGGAAGAUCUUCAUAAGCAACUCCUUGAGGCAUCUGAAAGAUUAAAGACACAGUCCAAAGAAUUAAAGGAUGCUCAUCAACAAAGAAAGCUAGCAAUGCAGGAGUUCUCAGAACUGAAUGAGAGGAUGGCAGACUUGCGUUCUCACAAGCAGAAACUCUCUCGACUGCUCCGUGACAAAGAGGAAGAAGUGGAAGUGUUCAUGCAGAAAAUGGACUCUGUGAGACAAGAAAUGCGUAAAUUGGAAAAAGCAAGGAAAGAGCUAGAAACACAACUUGAUGAUGCACUGGCAGAAGUAUCAAAAGAGCGCAAACUUAGAGAAUAUAGUGAGAAAGCAUCUAAGCAGCUGGAAAGUGAACUGGAAACACUAAAGGUGAAGCAGGGAGGACGGGCUGCAGGAAUGGCCAUGCAGGAGCAUCAGCAGGAGUUGGCCAAAGUGAACUCAGAACUUCAGAAUAAAAUCUCAUUUUAUGAAGAAGAGUUGGUCAGGCGAGAAGCUUCCCAUGUCUUGGAAGUAAAAAAUGUGAAAAAAGAGGCACAUGGUUUAGAAAGCCAUCAGCUUGCACUUCAGAAAGAAAUCAUGAUAUUAAAAGAUAAACUGGAUAAGGCAAAAAGAGAGAAGCACAGUGAGAUGGAAGAAGCUGUGGGAACUCUAAAAGAGAAAUAUGAACGAGAGAGAACUAUGCUGUUUGAAGAUAACAAGAAAUUAACAACUGAAAAUGAAAAGCUUUGUUCCUUUGUCGAUAAAUUGACAUCACAAAACAGACAGUUAGAGGAUGAGCUUCAGGAUUUGGCAGGAAAAAAGGAAUCUGUGGCCCAUUGGGAAGCUCAGAUUGCAGAAAUCAUUCAGUGGGUGAGUGAUGAAAAAGAUGCACGUGGCUAUCUUCAGGCACUAGCUUCUAAGAUGACAGAAGAACUCGAAUCUUUGAAAAGCUCUAGUCUGGGAUCAAGAACGCUGGAUCCACUCUGGAAAGUAAGACGUAGCCAGAAACUAGAUAUGUCAGCAAGGCUGGAAUUGCAGUCUGCUCUUGAUGCUGAAAUACGUGCCAAGCAGCUAGUCCAAGAAGAAUUAAGGAAAGUUAAAGAUGCCAACCUGUCCUUUGAAAGCAAACUAAAGGAAUCUGAAGCAAGAAAUUUGGAACUCUUGGAAGAAGUUGAAGGUUUAAAGAAGAAACUGGAGGAAAAAUACCGGUCUGAUGCAGGUCUUAAACUUUCAGAUUUCCAAGAUUCCAUUUUUGAAUACUUCAAUACUUCUCCUCUUGCACAUGAUCUGACUUUCAGAACAAAUUCUGUUAGUGAGCAGGAGGCACAAGGUACAAAGACAGAGGUCUCACCAUCAACUUCUGUUGCAAGUGCAGAACAGCAGCAGCAAGAAGAACCAAUUCGGCUUCAGAGGAUGCCUGCUGCUCCCUCCCCCACCAUUCAGUCCAUUUCUCUAGCUGUACCAAAGCCUAAAGCUCAUCAACUAAGUAUCAAAUCCUUUCCAAGCCCAACUCAGUGCAGCCACUGUACAUCUCUCAUGGUGGGAUUGAUUAGACAGGGUUAUGCUUGUGAUGUGUGUUCGUUUGCAUGCCACGUUUCCUGCAAGGACAGUAUACCGCAAGUCUGUCCUAUACCUCCAGAGCAAGCCAAGAGACCCCUUGGAGUAGAUGUUCAAAGAGGCAUAGGAACAGCUUACAAAGGCUAUGUUAAGGUUCCAAAACCAACAGGAGUGAAGAAAGGAUGGCAGCGGGUCUAUGCUGUUGUCUGUGACUGUAAACUCUUCCUCUAUGAUGUGCCUGAAGGGAAAUCCACUCAGCCAGGAGUUGUUGCAAGUCAAGUUCUGGAUCUCAGAGAUGAAGAAUUUUGCGUGAGUUCUGUCCUAGCAUCGGAUGUUAUACAUGCAAACCAGAAAGAUGUUCCUUGUAUAUUCAGGGUGACAGCUUCUCUCUUAGGCUCUCCUUCAAAGACCUGCUCCCUGCUGAUCCUAACAGAAAACGAAAAUGAGAAGCGAAAGUGGGUUGGAAUUCUAGAGGGAUUGCAAUCUAUUCUGCACAAAAAUAAACUCAGAAACCAAGUUAUACAUAUUCCACAGGAAGCUUAUGACAGUACACUGCCCUUCAUUAAAACUAGCCUAGCUGCUGCUAUUAUAGAUCGAGAUAGAAUAGCACUUGGCUCAGAAGAAGCCCUGUAUGUCAUAGAGAUCACCCGUGAUGUGAUUGUUCGAGCUGCUGAUUGCAAGAAGGUCUACCAGAUAGAGCUUGUUCCCAAAGAGAAAAUAAUUAUUCUUAUUUGUGGUCGGAAUCAUCAUGUUCACUUGUAUCCUUGGUCCUCCCUGGAUGGAUCUGAAAGCAGCUUUGAUGUCAAACUUCCUGAAACAAAAGGCUGCCAGUUCAUUACAACUGGAAUGCUGAAGAAGAGCUCUUUAGCAAGUUUGUUUGUGGCAGUUAAGCGACAGGUUCUCUGCUAUGAGAUUCACAGAACUAAACCUUUCCAUAAAAAGUUCAGUGAAAUCCAAGCUCCUGGCCAUAUACAAUGGAUGGCUGUGUUCAAAGACAGGCUUUGCGUCGGCUACCCAUCUGGUUUCUCUUUAUUGAACAUCCAAGGGGAUGGACAGUCUAUAAACCUGAUAAAUUCCAAUGAUUCUUCACUUGCAUUCCUCUCACAACAGUCUUUUGAUGCCCUUUGUGCUGUGGAGCUCAGCAGUGAGGAAUACCUACUUUGCUUCAGCCAUUUGGGAAUAUAUGUUGAUGCACAAGGUCGAAGGUCACGCAUGCAGGAACUAAUGUGGCCCGCAACUCCUGUUGCCUGUAGUUGCAAUCCAUUCUAUUUAACCGUGUACAGUGAAUAUGGGGUUGACAUUUUUGAUGUUAAUACUAUGGAAUGGGUUCAGACUAUCGGUUUAAGAAAGAUCCGACCUCUGAAUGUUAAUGGCACAUUGAACCUCCUUAGCUGUGAACCUCCUCGGCUAAUUUAUUUCAAGAACAAGUUUUCAGGAGGAGCUGCUCUUAGUGUGCCAGAAACGUCUGACAACAGCAAAAAGCAAAUGCUUCGUACGAGAAGCAAAAGAAGAUUUGUCUUUAAAGUUCCUGAGGAAGAAAGAUUACAGCAAAGACGAGAGAUGCUCCGAGACCCUGAGCUGAGAUCCAGAAUGAUUUCCAACCCCACCAAUUUCAACCAUGUGGCUCAUAUGGGACCAGGAGAUGGGAUGCAAGUGCUCAUGGAUCUGCCACUGAAUGAAUUUCCUUCCCCUUCAUCCUCCCGACAUUCUGCUCUGAUAUCAUCUCCAACAGGCUUUGAGCACGUCUAUCACAUGAGCCCUAUCUCUGCUGAUCUCUUUCUCCAGAGUGACCAUUCUUCCUCACUGCUUUUCUCCUCUUCCUGCCCCUCCUCUGCUUCUGUAGCAAGGGGUGGUUUACCUUCUUCACAAGAUGAAAAGGCUUGUCCGCCAACAAGCAACAUUUCACGUCAAGCACCUCACAGAAAUAAAAGCUACAUUUCAUGGCCAUCUUCAAGUGGCAGUGACCAGGGAGCAACCAUGCCCUUGCGAAGUAUGUCUGAUCCAGACCAGGAGUUUGACAAAGAGCCUGAUUCGGAUUCUACCAAACACUCGACUCCUUCCAACAGCUCUAACCCAAGCAGCCCCCCGAGUCCCAACUCUCCCCAUAGGAAUCAGCUUACACUAGAUGGAUUAGACCAAUCAACCUGUGAUGCAUAGCACUACGGUUCUCUACACCCCUUGUCCCAUUUGGGAUUGUCUGCUACAUCAUGGAGCAUCAACAGCAGGACAUCUGUCUCCAACAACAGUGCCAAGACCGAUGCUUAAUUUUUAGGGUUGCACAAAAGUAAAUUCCUGUAUCUAGAUUGUAGAUUUGAUGGCAUAAAAAGGAGGCAAGAUAUCUUUAUUGCUAUAGUAACUGAAUUGUUUUUUAAUGCAAAUUGUUCACUCUUAAACUUAAGGCGGAUCCAUUUCUGCACAGUUGUGAUAGUCUCAUGACAUACAGUAAAGGCUACUGAUAAAGUCUUCAUACUUAAGCUGAAAAGAAAAGAGAUGCUUAUAGUUUUUACUACUAUACAGUACCAGGAAUAUUAUUUUUCUAUAGGAUGAUAUAAUGUCUCAUUAUCAGGAAAUCCUUUUUAGAAAAAAAUCCAGACCUUUGGGUAUGAAGUAAAAGCAGCCAAGUUACAUCUUUGGCUAAAUAUAUUCUAAAUAUAUUCUUUUUUUCCCAAAGUUUAGAAGAAUGAUAGGAAGUUGUAGGGCCAUUUCCAGCUUCAGUAGAAUAAAACAGGAAAAUGAAAACAGAAGUUCUAGAUUGUGGCCUUUUAACUUACUUAGCCAUUACAUAUGUUCUCCGCUGUAUAAAUGUCUUUCUACUGAUAUUAUAGUCAUGUACAUAAAGGUCUUACCAGAAAUGUUUUAUCCUUACCCUGCUUUUUUAGAUCUGAUUAGCUAGGACAGGGCUUUUUUUUAAAACAACAUACUGCUGGAAAACAGAUUUUAUUCUGUUUUUCCUGGAGUCCAUCUUCUCAAACAUUUUUGUAAGUUUUCUUGGAUUUUUUUUUCCAGUGUAAAAGAUAACACUACAUUUUUAAAAAUUUUACUAGCCAGCAUUCUCUUGAGAUUGCUCCCUUGAUGGCUGCUUGUAUGAAGGGAUUGUGUAGUAAUAAAUCACUUAUGAUUUUUAUUGGUAACCAAAGUGGAAGCAUAGAAGGGUGUGUAUAUGAGGGUACCUCGUCUUCUUUCCCCAGUUCCCUGAAUUCAUUAUAUCCUCACCUGCAUGAUGACCCCAACCCCAUGAUUGCCCACUAAAAGUAUUGAAUGUGUAGGGGAGAAAAUGCACAGCACAUUCCUGUAUAUUUUGCAGCAGUGACAUAUUACGUGUAUAUUUAAUCUCAUGCUUCCAUGUAUUAUACAUUUAGUAACCCUACCUACCCACCUACCCUAGUGAUCAAGUUUCAUUUAAAAGCGUGUAAUUAAUUCUAUGGCUGGCAUAUUCAGUUUGUCAUUGUCACACUAGUGUGCCUUCUGUGCCAAUUUGAUGACAGUUGGAUGUCAAUUGUUUUAAAAUCUGGUUCCCAUGGGCUAAUGCUAUACCAAUGGCUAACACUCUUUCCUGAGAUACUGUCUAGGACAUGCACUUAUCUCUAGUUUAAACCAGGUGGUUCUAGUCAACAUUUAAUCCUGUUUCAUUAAGUGUUUGACAAUAUUUGCUCUUUCUCAAAUUCUUGAUUAAGAAAGCUCAGUUUGAGCUGGACACUACUGCUUUGGGGGUUUUCUGGUUUUUACUCUUUUUUUUAAAUGUCUGUCUCAAGUCUUUGUAAUUAUUGAAUUGUGAGAACAUUUUUGAACAAUUUACUUGUCAAUAAAGCAGAAGAGGGAUGUUUUAAAAAGUU